AAUAUUCUCAAACUUCAAGAUGGCAAGAUCAGAUAGUUCAACUUCAACCGAAGAAAGUGAUGAUCCAGAAGAAUCUAUAGUAACCAAAAGAUCUUAUGAUUGCACAUUUUGCAAAAGAGGUUUCACUAAUGCAAGAGCCUUAGGAGGCCAUAUGAACAUUCAUAGAAAAGAGAGAACCAAUUAUAAAGCCAAACAAGGCACACCUAAUUCCUCACCUUUUGUUCCAGUUGUUUCAGACCAAUCCUCAACAUAUUAUAAUUACUGCAUUUUGGAGCCUCCUAUGAACUAUAAUGACAUGUAUCUUCAGCCAUCAAUAACCAACCCUAGAAAUUCUCCACCUACUUUUCAAUAUGAUUUUCUUAACACAAACUCACAAUCUUUGUUAGGAAACAAUUUGAGUCUCCAAAUUGGUUCAGGCCAUGACGGUAACGAUCAUGCUUGGAGAGGAAUGGAGAAAGAUGGUGAAGGGGUGGACCUAGAGCUUAGGCUUGGUCAUGAUUCAUACUCAAACUACUAAGGUAUCUAUAAGUUUGAGAAUGCACUGAAAGUUUUUUUUAUAUCAUUUAAACCGGGGCCAUUCAUGCGUGCAAGUGCAACUACUAAUCUACGGUCGUUCAACGAAUACUUAUAAAGUUUACUUUAUUCACAAGCAUUAG